AUGACCUCUCUUCUAGCCAUAGUGGUUCACUUUUUGAUCAUAACUCAGUGGAUAACACUACAGGUGACUGGCUGGGUAGAGCUAGAUAAUUUAUGUGAGCUAGGUGUGACUGACAACGCUUUUGAUGAUCAGUAUGAGGGCUGUAAUGAAGAAAUGGAAGAACUAGCACCUCAGCUGUUAAAAGAACUGGAAGUGAAUAGAAAAUUGAGAGAUGAAUGGGGAGAGGCAAAGAAAAAAUGGGAGGAAAUAAAGAACAAAAUAAACUCUUCAGAACAACUCAAUGAUUUCCAAGGAACAGCUCGAGUGGCCUAUACCGGGAAUAUUGCAAUAGAAUUUGACAAAGCUGUAAGAGAAUUCAGUAAAAAUUCAUCUAACUUUCAGUUCAAAGCCUUUCAUUAUUAUUUGACAAGAGCUCUUCAGCUUCUCAAAAGUAAAGGGAAGUGUUGUACAGUUUAUAGACGCUGUAAGGCAAAGCUUCCUUACAGUGCGAGAGGAAAUGUACAUUUUGGCCAAUUUACCUCAUCAUCUUUGUCUGAAGAUAUAGCUAAAAGAUAUUCGAAUGGUGGGGAGACAAUGCUUAUCAUCCAUACCUGCUUGGGUGUUGAAAUUUAAGAUUUCUCUUUCUAUCCAGAAGAAAAGGUAGUGCUAAUUCCAGGCUACGAGGUGUUUCAGCAAGUCAUCUCAAAUAACUAUAGCAUUUCACUUAUCAGUCCCCCAAAAUUUAAGAGUAACUUCAAUUGCUCCUAUAGUUCCACUAAAAAUCCAAGAAUACAAGACGGCAAUGUCAACAGCUCAGGACUGAGAGCAAGUUCUGCAUUCAUUCUGCUGCUACCUGGCCUCCUCGUCCUGCUGCUCCUCCCUGCUGAGCUGUAA